AGCACCAAUCCCCCCGGUCUCAAUUCCCAACCCUUCUUUUUCUUGCUAUUGUGUAAGUCUCACUAAAAAUUUCUCGAUGCCAUGACCACCACCACCGCCACCGUGGAUCUCCACCACUUCCACCCCGACUCCCUCCCCCUAAUCGAUCUCCGCCUCCUCUCUCAAUCCGAUCUCCUUUCUGUUUCUCACAGCUUUUCCCGCACCACCUCCGCCGCUCAAAACGACUAUGAAGAUGAAGUUUCAACUCCCAAAAUUGACCGUUCCGUCUUUAACGAAUCUGCCGGCAGCCGCAAACAGACCUUUUCACGAUUCCGUCUGGCCCCUCGAAAUUCCUCCCAAAUUCUUACAGAAUUUUCUUCCGUAGCUCCGCUCGAAACCCUCGAUGAAGAUAAUUCUGAAGUUAUUUCACUCCUGAAGUCUCUCUUCAAAAUUCAAUCGCACUCGUCAUUUACGAUCGGUAAUAACGGGCAGUUGAUUCCUGUGAAAAUUCACUACAAAGAUUACUUGAAUGCUACUUGGGAUUCGAAUGAAAACAAGGGUUUGCAUGAUGUUCCGAUAGAUGUGGUCAGUUUUAGUGUCAAGAAGAGAAAGAGAGGGCGGCCGAGGAAGGAUGAGAAUCGUGGUGGUGAUAGUUGUUCGCUGAUUGAGAGUGGAGUUAAGGUCAAUGAAACCAAGGUGAAUAUUCCUGUCAACGUUUUGGCAUGUGAGAUUAUAAAGCGAAGACCAGGGCGCCCAAGGAAGGAUGCGGAUAGUAGUAGACAUGAAUAUAGGGCUGUUGAGAGUGAGAGUAAGUUGAAUGAAAGCAAGGGUGAGAGUAAUGAGGCUAUGGUGACUCUCCCUGUUUUUGAGAGCUUACAAGACAUCCCUGUAAAUAUUUUUGAUUGUGAUAGUGGAAAGAGAAAACCAGGGCGACCAAGGAAGGAUGAAAAUAGGAAUAUACAUGAAUAUCGGAUUAUUCAGAGUGAGAGUAAGGUUAAUGAAAGCACAGUAGAACGUAGUGAGGCUAGAGUGACUGUUGCUGGUGUUGAGAGCCUACAAAACAUUCCUGUGAAUGUUUUUGCUUGCGAAAGUGGAAAGAGAAGACUAUGGCAACUAAGGGAGGAUGAGAAUAGGAUUAGAAAUGAAUAUAGCGUUAUUGAGACUGAGUGUUUGGUGAAGGAGAAUGGAGCUGAGAGUAAUGAGAUUAAGGCGACUUUGGGCAAUGUUGAGAGUUCACAAAACGUUUCUGUUAAUGUAGCUUCUUGUGAGAUUAUAAAGAGAAAACGAGGGCGGCCUAGGAAGGACGAUUAUAGGAACCAAAAUCAGCGGCUAGUUGGGAGUGAGAAUAAGGUUAUUCAAAGUGCUAGUAAGAGUAAGGAGGAUAUCACUGUUAUUGAGAAUAAGGACGGCAAGAAAGAAACUGACAUGGUUAGGGAGAAUAGGGAUGGUGUGGUUGUGGAUUUUGUUACAUUGGGAACUGUGAAGGAUCCAUUUGCAGAGGAGUUGAGGAGGAGGACAGCAGGAAUUGUGAAGCAGGAAGAUUUGUUUGGGUAUUUGAGUGGGUUAAAGGGAGAUUGGGUGAGUAGGAGUCAGAAGUGGAAGAUUGUUGAUGCAAGUGAAUAUGGGGAUGCAUUGCCAAGGGGGUGGAAGCUUAUGCUUUGUAUCAGGAAGAAAGUGGGGCAUGCGUGGUUAGCUUGCCGACGAUAUAUAAGCCCUAAUGGGCGGCAGUUUGCAUCUUGCAAGGAAGUUUCUUCAUAUUUGCUCUCCUUUUUUGGAAUCAAAGAUGCAAGUCAGUCAAGUGCUGGUGGAGUAUUAAUGACACAGAAAAAUAAUGAACCUGUAGCUGUUGGAGUUCCUUCUGAAUUCUUGGAGAGACAAGAAACAGUUGGAGUUGACUGGGGUUCUUUUGCAGAAAAACCUUCCAAUUGCAGAGGCAACAAUGAAACAAGUUCUGCUUUACCUCAUAGUAAACCAAAAGCUUAUGGUAUCGUUGAACCCCAUUCUGAUAAAUAUGUUCAGGAUGAUCAGGUCAUGAUGUCCAACAGAAAUGUUCAAACUUUAAUUCUGAAAAAUUGUGUUAAACAGGAUACUGUUUUUGGCAUAACUAAUGAUAAAGUCGAUAAGGUGAAGAUUGCUACUGAUAUUAGUGCUGCGAAACCUGAUGUUUGUUUGGGUGCUGGUACAGUCUUGUCUACUGAUUAUAGAAGUAAAUCACGUGAAUUUCCUGGUGAAAAGGAUGUUCCCAAGAGCAACAUUGGUGGUAUUAAUAAUUUUGGUUGGCAGGGUCGAAGUCCUCAGAAUUGGUCCCUUGCUCCUUCUGGAAAUAACCAACCCCAUUUUGUUGACUACAUUAUGAAAGAUGUUCCCAUUGGCUCAAUGGAUAAGCAGAGAAAAGAGGUAGGUUCUGAAAGUAGUUUUUUCCCUUCAAGUGGCAAGGAUAAAAUAGUUAGUUGUGAAAAUCUUGAGGAAAGGUGUUUUACUAUCACCAUGCAAGGUGGGGAAACGUAUAGGAAUAAACAUGCGAGAAAUGAGGCAAUAUCUAGAUCUGAUUAUCAGGGCACUGGGUUGGAGAAUUCUGUGACUAAUGUCAAAGAGCAAGGAAAAUUUAAAGGCCGCUUACCUGUUCCCAUGGAGCAAAGAUCUAGCUCUCAAAGUCAUAUGUAUGGGGUUUCUACUUCUAUGUUAACAGAGGCCAGGCGGGAAAGAGGUCCUGCAAGUGGUUUACCCAAUUCAUCUGGAAGCAAGUCUACAUAUUUUGUCAACAAUUAUAUGAAUAAUGUGUCAACUCCCAUGUUAAAUCAGCCCAAAUUUGAUGAUGUCAUUAGAUCUGAGAAUUAUGGACUCUCAUUUGGAUUUGGCAACAAACACACUAUAAGUAAACCCCGGCAGGAAGAAGAUUCUGAAGUUGGUUUGCUUAAUUUAUUUGGAACUGGAAAAUUCUUUGGAUUUGAUGAUGGUUUGACUAAGGCCUCUGCUGGGACAACAGAGUUCCCCAAACUUGACCAAGUCAGGAAUGCCAAUGAACAAGUACAUGGUGUUGAAAAUAAUUAUAGGGUUUACACAGACAAUGUUCAGCAGGAGUUGAGGUUAGAGAAUUCAGAAAAUGUUAGAAACAAUGAGUUCAUGUCUGCUUUUAGUAAUCAUGCUCGAUCAAAUGUGGAUGCCAUGGCAGAGUUUUUAUGGAGAACUGAUGAAUCAAACAUCCUGCUGAGUGGGUUGGGUGAUUCAUCAUCUCGACUGUUGCAAUCAUCUGGUUGUUUUCCUUCAUUUGGUACAAUGUCAGAUAAGGGUGAAAAUGAGCUAUUUAGCAUUGGUGAGAAGUAUGACAGUAUAUCAGGAUUUGAAGGGCUGAGAUCAGGUGGUAUGGAACACAUGGAAUAUGAUUUUCUGGCUACUCAAACAAGCUCUCAGUCGCAGGUCCCAAAGGUUUUGUCGUAUGAUGCAGAGAUUUCCCGAGGGUUUGAUUCCUCUGUUUGGCUUGAGAAGGAAGCAUUGCCUUUGUUGCCAAAGAUAGGUAACAGGUAUCAGGUUGCUACUCUGUGUGCAUGGUGCAGAAAUGAGUUUCAUCAUGAGCCUGUUGACACCGAAGCAGAAACAGGAGCAGUGGGUUUCAUGUGUCCAACCUGCAAGGCCAAAUUCUCUAGUAACCAUAAUUCACUGUAGAAUGGUGUUAUCUAUAACAACUCAUGAGGAUCUGGGAAUGGAUUGCUUCAUACUUAUGACCAUUUCUGGCUAGAAAGCAGUCAAGUUUCUCAGGCUGGCAUACCAAACACAGCUGGGAAUCUAUAGCAUUUCGUAUUUUUAAGAUGAAGUUACUCAGAUUGCUUUAAAGCACAGGCAAGGGGAUUCUCUACACAUGUGGUUCCUGUUUUCUUCCUUGUAGUAAUUAUUCAGUAUUAAAAAAAAAAAAGUAGUUGCAGUACAGUACAGAGAUUAUUUUAUUUUGUUAGUAGUAAUGGUUAUGUUGUAACAUUAACGAUAAUGUUGAUGAAGAAGAUCCAAAAGCAGGGAUUUUUCGUUUUAA